CGCAGCUCCGCUGCCGGCCGGGCUGGGAGCGGCGGGACGCGGACUCCUGUUGAAGCCAAUAGCAAAACUUCCUUUUACGUCGGCGAGAGAAAGUUUGGAUCCUUCAUUAACAGAUGUUGCAGAUAUAAUUAUACAAUUUGUUUUUAAUUAAGAUCUCUUGUGGAUGAACCACAAAGCAAAUAACCAGCUAUGGAGGAAUUAAUGGAACGCCUUGUUUCUACUUCUGAAAAUCUGUUACUCAAAUAUGGACAAACUACCAGUCAAGCCCACGUAAAGAAGCUCAAAGAUCUUGUUAUAGUUCAGUUAAAUGGGCUAUAUUUAAAGAAUGUGAGACAUUUGCAAUACUGUGUUUUGCUUAAAGUAUGCAUCCUGUCUAAUAAUUAUAUUACAGAUAUUGAUGCACUUGAAUAUUGUACUCAUUUAGUUAAGCUGGAUCUCCAUGGAAAUCAGAUACAGCAUCUUCCUGGCCCAACAUUUUGGGAAGGCAUGAAGGAAUUAAAUCUACUCUAUCUUCAUGACAAUGGAAUUGGAAAACUGGAUAAUGUGCAUUCGUUAUCUUUCUGUCCUAAUCUGAUAGGCCUCACCUUGUUUGAUACUCCACUGAGUCUAAGAAUAGCAUAUAGGCAUAUUGUUGUUAACAGCAUUUUAUCACUCAAAGCGCUGGAUUACUAUGUAAUUUCUGAUGAGGAAAUUGUUGAGAACUGGAAACUUCCCCAAAAAUAUAAACCAUUUAGCCCUAGCUUUUUCCUUGAUUUUUGCCAUGCUUCUCGAAAGGAAGCAACCAUUGAGGAGGAGAUAAAUGUGGUAAAAGAUAUCAUUGCAAAAAUCAAUCAUAUUCUAGCUCAUCACUCACCAGUUGUGAUUGUUCAAAGAUGGAUAAAGGGAUAUUUAACUAGAAAAAGAUUUGGCAAAAUUCCUUUGGAUGAAGUUCUUCCGCAGAGAUAUUAUAUCAGAGAUGGAGCGAAACAAAUUUACAGUCAAAGCACACUUCCAGUAUGUUAUAGUAAAAGCUUUAUGUAUCACAUCAUUAAACCAGAACAGAAUACUGAGGACAAAAAGCUUACAUCUGGGAAACAAGUCUUAUAUAUGAAUAAUUUUAAAAAGCUUCCUGUUUUAUGGCUGAGAAGAAAAAAACAACCAGUUUUCUCCAUUUCAUCCACAUUGAGGAAAAAAGAAAAAAAGAAAAAACUAGAGGAACAAAGAAUUCCAGUGAGGAAGGGUUUCUUGGACGUGGAGAAACCUAAUAUGGAGGAGCAGGUAGAAACUAAAUUUAGGCUUUCAGUUUGUAAAGCUGCUUUUCAUUCCGUGAAGGAUAAGCUGAUGAUAUUUCAAAAGAAAGAGGAAGAAAUUUGGCAUGCUGUACACCCAUUUCAUUCUCUUGUUCAUCCUGCUCCACAGCUUAAAGCUGUGAAUCACCCAGUAAGUAUAGAGAAGAGGAUUUUUGCUAGAAUGUAUGGAUCUGUAAGACUUGAACCAUUUUAUGUUAUUGAUAAAGCCUACAGGGAGAGUAAGAGAUGUGAGAUCCAAACUAAAAAGAUAUGUGGGGUUAUGCAGAUGCAAAUUGCCAAAGGCGAAGCCGACUACUGUAUUAAGGGUUUUCUUAAGGAGAAAAAGAAUGGUGUUCAGAAAAGAUGCAAAGAAGAAGACAUUAGAAUUCAAGAAGCUUUACAACAACAUCAAUUGAGAAGAUCAGGAUUUAUUGAAAAAGUAAGGCAAAGGCAUGCUCAGUUUUUAGAAACCAAGAACCAAAAAGCAUCAGAGUAUUCAUUAAUUCAAGACUUCAGCAUUCAGCAUGCUUCUUUGACACAGAGUUUGUUUAGACUUGACAGAUUGAGGAGAAGUGAGGAAACCAUAAAGGAAAGAACGAGUAUUGUUAAGGAAAACAAAGAAGAUAUGGAAAAAUGGAAGGAGCUGAUAAAAAAUUUUCAGGAGCAGAGGCAAUUGAUGUUACGAAAAGAAAACUUGGCAGAAAAAGUGGUUCUGGAUUCCAUUGUUUCUCAAAAGACUAGUGAGAGAUUACAGCAAGCCAAGGCAAAAGUUGCAGCUGUAAAGGAUCAUCAAGCCGAUAUGAAAAUUAUGAUCAGGCUGCCAUUAAGCUGCAGUGCAAUAAAACAUGUAUAAUAAACUCCAAUGUUUAAGAUGCUAACUUGCAACAUUGUAAGUGAAUAUAAACCAAACUGUGUCUUUUUAUUUGAAUGCUAAAUGUGGAAGUCUAUACUCUCAUCAUUUAAACUGAACUUCCAGGCCUUCAUUUAAGAAAAAAACAUAAUGAAGAGAGACAGUUAUGUAUGUUUACUUCUAGAAUGUAUAAAAGUGUAAUGUUAAGUGUACUUUCAACCCUGGUCUUAUUUUAAAAAAAUCAACAUUUACUAUUAGAUACCACACUCUAGUGUAUGAUAUAGCUCAGUAUUUUCCUAACCUGAGAAGUGACUGUGAUAUUUCAGAUUGCAUUGUGUGGUAAUUGGUGGUAAAUGUUUACUUUUAAAUGGCGAGGACUACAAGUGUGCAUACAGUUAUCAUCUGUGCUUACUCUGAAAACUAAAUUAUUCAGUGCGACAAAAAUAAUAGGGUUUUUAUGGCUGCUAAUGUACCAAAUAGCAAGAGUGCAAUUAAAAUUUUGACUACAGUUAUUGCAGACUGUGUUGCUGAAGCUUUGCGUCAGU